CCCCCCCCCCCACUUCCAUUCCCAAACCUUGCUUCGCGAACUUCCUAAGCCGGCUGCAGUGUCCAGACACUCUCCGGAAUUUCGAAAUACCCAACGCAAUCCCAAAUCCAGCACACUCACUCACGCGCAAAUCCGAGUGAUGCCUCAAGACGCUGCUCCGAUCUGCGUCAUGCAGGGAUCACGAGCUUGGCAGUAGCUAAUUAACCAACCAACGUGAGCCGAACGCGACAACGACAACGUCAACGACAACGACACCUCUCCUCUCGAGUUUCCCACCAUCACCAUCACCACACAACUACACAACCACAAUGACAGUCACAACAACACUCCUCAUCGCCACCGCGGCCCUCCUAUUCACGCACUCUGUCUACUCAGCGCACGAGCACUCCACCACGCUCACCACGACCACCACCUCUACGGCCAUCCCGACGGACAUAGCGCUAGAAACGCUGCUAGCCGCAGUCCUCCUGUGUUUCGGGAUUGUCGUACGCUACGCCGGCGAGCUGCGGCCAAUACAGUUGCGCGUGUGGGCGGGAAAGCUGGAGCGCGAGCGGGGCGCGGGGACGUGGGCGCAGCUGGAUGGCGCGGGUGUUGGAGGUGGGUUCUGGGAUGUGAGGAGUUCCAGGAAGGAGAGCGCGGUGGAGAAGUAGUGGGUGCAUGGGGAUGGAGGGUAGAUGGGGGAUGGGGGGAUAUGCAUAAUGGUUACGGGGAGUACUAUAGUCAUGGAUGGGCACUCGGUUCUCGGUUCAUGUUUCACGUUUCGAAUGGGUUGCAGCAAAUAGGUGCCGAACGGCGAUCUGAGCGUAUCGCAAUUGAGCUUUGGGUGGGCGGGCGGCGAUCAAUGUUACCGCUAUCAUUCGUAUUACUUCCACGCCUCUGUACAGAGAGAAAGAGAGAGGGCGUUACCAACAUCAACGCUUGCCGCCCCUCAUGUGAAAGUUGAAUGAAACGUCCAGCGCAUGCGUCCGCUAGGU